CACGAUCCUUGAAGGAAUAGUUUGGAACUGGAAGUGGUGACAAGUGUUCGUUCAUAACAUCUGAACGUUGCUACCCAAACAGGAACUGGAUGUACCACCAUGCACGUGCUUUCCCGCCAAUUUAUCAAUGAUGUCCCAAAGACCGAUUUGAAUUUUAAAAGUACAAACCAGGAGAAUGAACUUAAAACUUACUACACUCACAGGAAAAUGGAAUAUUUAAAGAGGAAGUGGACUUUGUGGUACAAGUCUCUCGAUGUUAACCAUGAUGGUAGUGUCUCUUUUGAUGAUGCGCAAGAGUGCCAACGUAAAUUUCUAGAGCUGAACCAACUAACAUCAGAGAAAACGGAGCAAGUUAAGGCUGAUGUAGAAAAAUGGUGGACAACUUUCAUUUUGCCAUCAAAAGAUGCCACGAUAACGCUUGAAAUAUUUCUUAAGAGAUUAGAAGACGAAUACAAAAGCGACAAGGAAGCCUUUGUCCAGAAGAUGAAUACAUGUUUCAGCACAAUAUUUCACGUCUUCGACACGAAUGCCGAUAGAGAAAUAUCAGUAGAUGAACAAAUCAUGUAUUUCAAAGCAUUUGGGCAAGACAACGAGAAACCGUUUAGACAAGCUUUUGUUUUAAUGGAGCCUAAAAAUGAUACAAUUCCUUUGCAACAGGUUGUAAAUGCUUGGGUACAGUUUACAACAUGUGAUGACGAAACGAAGAAAGACGUUAUCAAGGAAUCUUUCGAGUAGAAAAGUCGUAAAGUGUAUAGAUUUUAAUGGAUUUGACUAUUGUAGAUGAGAUUAUCUAAUGAAGGGAAUAUACUAAAAUCAUUAAAAAAUAUUUGCCAGUU